UUCAUAGUGCUGCCCAACUCAACUCAAUAUAAAAUGCUGGAACUUACGUAUUCCACCUGGUGUCUAACAUCGCUUCCGAUAAAAAAAAAAAAUGAGCUCACGUUAGGUUAGUUCUGUCGCGGAGCCAUGCAGGUAGGAUGAGCCGAGCUGUGCAGGAGUGACGUGUGUUGUCAGUGUCAGAUCAGAGAAUCUACGCGGGUUCAUCGCGUGGCCACAUGUAGUCUAGUGUAACAAUGUUACACAAAUGGCGUGUCUGCUUCGCUACACAUCGCCGUCCUCAGCAGGGUUGGGCCAUUUCUAUGCUUAAAAGGCUUACUGUGUGGCAACGUCUUGGUGUAGGAGCAUAAUCCUGGUCUCAAAUAACAGGAAAAGACCAGGGGAAGACUCCCAGCAGUGCGGAGCCAGUGGUGGAGAACGACUCUGACAACAAGAGAGCCCUGUUUUUGGGAAGUGCGGUGUCACAGGCCAAAAAAUUGAAGCCAGGUGCGUCACCAAGGAACAUUGCAGUUAGCAACUCAACCCUGACUGAGUCUCCAUCAUCCACCCCUGGCUUCGACAUCGAUAUGGAAGAGAUGCCGACCACCUCCACGCCUCAGAGUGUCCCGCGGAGUCAGGUAAUGUAAAAUGGUCAAACUAUCUAAAACAUCAUUUGACUUAGUUGUUGCUUGUUUUGUGUAACUACGGUAAACAUACUACGUAGAAAGAAGUUAUUUAUCAUGUUAUUAUGAACACGAGCAAAGCAAGCUAACGUUAGCUCAUCCUGUGCAGCUGUCACAGGAGCUUGUGACAUAGCUAACCUAAGCUAGGUAGCACUAGUCUAGGUACCGCGAUGACUGGGUACAGAGGGCAUAACACUGAGAGGAUAAGAAAAUGUUGAAGAUGGACAUUAAGAGCAAAAAAUCCAUAAAGGCAUGAAGCUUGGUUGACUGCCUCUAUGUAGAUGGGUCAGUGGCUACUGGCUAAUAUGGAUACCAAAAGUUGUUAAAAGAUUGGCUCAUCAUUGCAAUGACAUUAUUAAUUCAUACCAAAUGCAAAACACAACUAUACUUAAUUCAGUACAUUUACACUAAUCAUGUGUCAUGGAAUAAAAGGACAAUGAUUUAAAGGCAUACUAUGCAACAUUUUUCAGUUAAUGUGUUCCAUACCGUUUUGGAUGAUUAAAUGAGUCAUUUCAGGUCGAACAAAGGUUUUCUCGGCCGCCCUGGUGGUCUGUAGGGGAAAUACCGUACUUGCAAUUGCAGGAGCCCUCGGCUCGCACCCACAGGCUCAGAAGUAUUGUGCAUCGCGAGAGUCGGUCUUGCUUUACGGCGAGAACUGCUACACGCCCCCAGUGAAAGGCAUGCUCGUUGCUAGCGCAAUGGCGAUAUUUGUGCAGUUAUCAUGGCGGAACCAGCAAGAAAACAGCGAAAGCCCAUGUCGGAGCAGGCAAGAAAGAGGAAAAGGGCUCUGUACAGAGAGAGGAGUCGUACACGGGUGAACAUCGGGCAAGCUUUUUCCGAAUGGCGAGAGCUAAAAGAAAAAGAAGGCUGCAAGGCUGACGCGGACCUCGCGUUUCUGCUGAUGCGAUUGUAAGUAACAUUGGAAUGGUUUCUCUCUCUGUGCAUGUUCAUACUUUCACUGUGUUAGUCAUUGUUUGUACUGCCGUUUUUUCGACUUUUGUAUGAUUGUGGUCUGUUGCUGAGUAGCUAAGUAGCUAGCGGGAUGUUCGUUUUAUUAGUUAGCAAGUUAGUUAGCUUGCUGCCUAAACAUUGUUGUUGUGGUAGGUGAUGACUGCAUCGCUUGCUAUUUGGCAAACUUGCUUCACAUGUGAAGUAUCUCAAGACUGUGUAUUUACUUUACUAAAUUCCUUAUUUUGCGCAGAUUGGGUUUGAAUCGCGUUUUGCAAUGAGCUGCAUAAAUCUGAAACCAGUACAAAAUGUAGUCGUGUUUGUUAGCCAUAAAUCUCACGAAGCUAGUAACGCCCAGACUCUCCAGACAAAGAAGAUGCCAAUGACCUGCAGAACACUGUCAUUGAGAUGGAUGACCUUUGGGCCGAUCCAAGUGAAAUGGGCUUGGAAAACGGAGACAGCUCAGAUGAGGAUUUUGUCCCUUCUCUUCACCUACGAAUGGUUGGGGGUGAAACAAAUGGCUAAUAUAAGCGUGGAUGAAGUAGUGUAUGACUUCGACACACCGGAUCCUCCUGGCCAAGACUCUGAAUCCACCACAGAUCCACACAGAGUAUCUUCUGAAGAUGACCUGGUUGGCAAAACUGCAAACAUUACCUUCAAUGAGAAUCUUCUGACUCUGGCCAGGCACUUGAGACCGCCACAGCAACAGUGCAGUUAUGUUGCCAGAGUGCUUGGGGUAGCAUGCCUGGGUUCCCCACCAUUUCAAGUGACUUUGAAACCUCGGGGGACUGGAGUAAUUUCGGAAUGGUUAAGCCCCUUCGGACACUCCUUGUGGAAGUGGAAUUCUCAGCCGACCCUGAGGUUUGGUAUGCAGGGUGGUGACUUCAUGCUGUCUGCCAACAUUCUCCUGUCUGGCAACAACUACAGGAAAGUAGCCUUGCUGUUCAAGUUUAUGGCGAUGGGGAUGGUCUCAGGAUACAAGAUGCCUACUGCAUCGAGCCAGUGCAGGAGUACUGGGACAAAACCAGGGCAGAAGUCUUGGAAAGUCUUCGACAAAAGAACCGCGUUGUUGUCCUAGGUGAUGGCAGAAUGGAGAUUGCUUGGCUCUGUAUGCAGUGUAUGUAAUUUUCCUUUUUUGCAGAUGAUGUGGGUUGGCGUGCUGCACCACGUACGGGAUGAGCACUCUUGGGCAACUGGGUGCUGUCAGCACGAGCCACUGGAGGAAGGCAGCCAGGAGAAGCAAUGGAUCAAACAAGGUUCUGCCGCUCACAAGGCAUUGGCUGGAGUUGUGCUCGACAAAACCAGGGCAGAAGUCUUGGAAAGUCUUUGACAAAAGAACCGCGUUGUUGUCCUAGGUGAUGGCAGAAUGGACUCCCCUGGUCAUUGUGCACAGUUUUGCACAUACACCACCAUAGAGCAAGACUCCAGAGACAUUGUCCACAUCGUCUCUGUUGAUAAGCGAGAAACCAACAGGAAGUCGGUCAUCAUGGAGAAGGAGUGCUUUAUUCGUACAAUGGAAGCUCUCCUUCCAGAGCUUGCCAUCAAAGAAGUUGUCACUGAUGCCCACCCACAGAUCAGUGCAUUGUUGAAUCCAGAGCGUGGUAAAUACAAAGCAUGGGGGAUCCAGCACUCACUGGAUAUAUGGCAUGCAGCUAAAAGUCUAAGCAAGAAGCUUCGACGGAUGAUGUGGGUUGGCGUGCUGCACCACGUACGGGAUGAGCACUCUUGGGCAACUGGGUGCUGUCAGCACGAGCCACUGGAGGAAGGCAGCCAGGAGAAGCAAUGGAUCAAACAAGGUUCUGCCGCUCACAAGGCAUUGGCUGGAGUUGUGCUCGACAAGCGAUGGUUGGGCCUGGUGAAAAAGUUCUUGAACUUCAGGACCACAUCUGAUUUGGGGUCCUUCCAAAAUCACAUCCUCAUGUACUCAUCAAAGCGGCACGCCUACACACCAUUUGUCUACAAGACAAGGACACUACUGGCUGCCAUUGACUACAACAAGCACAAUCGGCGCCUUCCUGCACGCAAACGGGAUGGUCAAAAAAUCUACAGACGCUCAUACAACAAGAAGUCAAAGAGCGUCUACACCAUGAAGGAAAAGAAGCAGUACAGCUACAUUCCUGACCUUCAGAGGGCAAUUCUGGCAAGGAGGCUGGGAAGUGGCAAAGGCCUUCCCUGCAAGCAGCCUUGGUUUGCUCGCACCGGAACAGCCACCACCUACAGCUGAACUUGUAAGCAUACAUGUGUCCCGUGGGGACUUGGGCCACAGAGACACAGAGGACCUAGAGGACUGAGCAGAUGGAUGUUUACGAUACAAAGUAUUUGAAUUCUGUAAAUAGGAAGUUAGGAGGCACUUUUCUCUUCUGGUGAAACAUGUACAGAUCUUUAUUUGUAAAUAAACUUUGAAAACAA